AUGGAUUUAAAUAAUAACGGCAUCACUGGCCAAGAAAGCCCAGCAGUGUCUUUACUUCCUCUGGAAGCUAAAGAGGGCGACAGCCCGGCGCUCGUCAUGCGCUGCUCCCACCGAGGCGUCAUCGGCAGCCCUCUGACCAGCUGCAUCGCUGUGGGCCGCACAGCCUCCAACCACUUCACCCUGCAGCACAUAGUGAACAUGGCUGGGACGCUCAUUGGUGCCUCGCUCCCCUCCCACCUGGACAUUUACAUCGCCUGCCUAGCCCGCAAAGCAACCAGCCUUGCGAGUGACCCCCCCCCCCAUCCCUCAUAUGGCCUCUUCAGUCUCCUGCCAUCUGGGAGAAGAUACCGAAGCCUCCGAGCCUGCUCCAUCAAACUGGGUAACAGCUUCAUCCAUCACGCUGUCAGGAUGCUGAACUCUCUGCUUGCAGGAAGUCUGGAUUUGAUUAUCUGUGUUCCAGAGUCCAGCCCCUACUCAUCAUUGUCAUCAUCCUCAUCAUCAUCCUCAUCAUCAUCACCAAUGCUCUCCUGCCUUGUUACUCUGCUUGGGAUUCUGGCUGCAGGCGUCCAUGGUCAAGGUCGUCUCAAGCUGACAGUCUUGUCAGAGGACAGGCUACAGAUGAAAUGGAAGGAGGCUGAGGGACCGGUUCAGGCCUAUAAGGUCCGAGUGAGACCCAUCUCAGAGGUGCCGCAGCCGGAGCUGAUGCUGACGACCACGCGGGGCCGGGCCACGGUGGCGGGACUGGACUCCAGUCAGGAGUAUGCCCUCCAGGUCCUCGUUCUCAAUGGAACCACAGAGAAACUCCUCGCCAAAAGGCGCUUCACCAUCCAGGGCCUGCGUGAGGAGGAGCUGAUCCGCAGCGGUAGCCGAGAGCAGCGGAGGAAGACCCUGCCCGGCGGCUCAGGGUCAGGAGAUCUGGCCGAUACCACAACAGAGGCUUUGCUGGGUAUCCCGACCGUCCUGUACGAGGACCCUGCCACCACGACCGCUGCAGAGACUUCAGCUUUGCCGACCACCACCCAGCUCCCCGACGUGCCCCCCGAGAAGACGGUGAAGGAGAAGCGCAAGAGGAAGAAGGAGAAGGAGAGGGAUCGCUCCAGGGCGGACAGCAAGGAGGAGCAAGAGACGGUGCAGGGCAAGGACGAGAGCUCCAGCAGUGAGAAAGCCAGGAAGACUCUCCCCACCCAGCCGGUCACAGGGGCAUCCACGAGGAAGCCGUUUGAGUGUGACAGUGACGCGGCGGCUGACAUCGUGCUCUUGGUGGAUGGCUCCUGGAGCAUCGGGCGUACCAACUUCAGACGGGUCAGAGACUUCCUGGAGGCCCUGGUCACUCCCUUCCACAUUGGGCCCAACCGCAUCCAGUUUGGUCUCACGCAGUACAGUGGAGACCCCCGCACCGAGUGGCAGCUCAACAACUUCACCACCAAAAACCAGCUACUUGAGGCAGUAAGGAAUUUCAGAUACAAGGGAGGAAACACCUUUACAGGCCAGGCUCUGAUCCACGUCAUGGAGCAGAACAUGAAGGUGGAGUCCGGCGCCAGGGCAAACGCACCUUUUGUUGUGCUCCUGCUGACUGAUGGGAAGUCUCAGGACGACGCCGUUGUGGCCGCCAGCCGGCUGAGAAGUGCCGGCGUCGAGAUUAUCACCGUAGGUGUGAAAAAUGCUGACGAAGCCGAGUUAAGGCAGGUGGCGUCUGAGCCUCUGGAGCUCAACGUCUACAACGUCAACGACUUCCCACUCCUCAGCAAGUUGGUGGCUCGGCUGGUCCACAUCCUCUGUGGGAAAAUAGAGGACCGCAGCAUCGCCAAACGGAUGGAGCCCGGGCCCACCGUAGACCCGGCCCUGUCCUACCCCAGCCCCACCGACCUCCGCUUUUCAGAGCUGGGCUCCAGAGAGGUGAGGCUCCACUGGACCGCUCCUGCCAGCCCAGUCCACCCAGUUCAGCAAUACAGGGUGGUUUUCCACAGUGCAGAGGGAAACAGCCCUCAGGAGGUGGUAGUGAAUGGGUCGGUGACCAGUGCGUUGCUGGAAGGUCUCUCCUCUCAGACUCUGUACCACGUGUCCAUCCUCCCUGUGUACGAAGACAACAUGGGUUUGGCGCUCAGGGGAACUGUAACCACAUUGCCCCUGGCCAUGCCCGCCAACCUGGAGGUGACUCCCUCCUCUCCCUCCAGUCUGCGGGUGAGCUGGGCAGCAACAGCUGGAGCGACGCAGUACCUGCUCCUUUACUCCGCUGUCAGCCAGGGAGAGCCAGAUGAUGCCAGGGAGGAGAAGCUCAGCGCAGACCAGACGGUGGUGGAGCUGGCGGGGUUGAUACCUGCCAUGGACUACUCUGUCACGCUGUACGCCCUCUACGACGAAGACCCAAGCGACCCCGUCACCGCCGUCGCCACCACAUUUCCUCUGCCGCCCCCGGUGAGUGUCCAGUUCCCUCUGGUGAGCCACAGCAUGCUGAGGGUCAGCUGGGUGCCAGGAGCCGUGGACGUGCCCGGCCACAGGGUCACCUGCAGCACCAACCACGGCAGUGACGUUAAACAGGUGGAGGUGACGGGAGUGAACUCGGUGCUGGUCCAGAACCUGUCGUCUCUGUCUAAAUAUCUGGUAUCGGUCCAGUCACAUUACCCACAAGGCCUGUCUGCUCCACUUACCAGCAACAUCACCACACUGAGGGUUCCUCCCCCUUCGGAUCUCAGGGUGACCAACUUCUCAGGCAGGGACCUCACGGUGCGCUGGGAGGCUGCCGCUGAUGAUGUCAUCUCCUACCUCAUCAAGUGGAUCUCCCUCAGCGGAGGAGACCUGAGACAGCUGAAGGUGGGGGGUGACAGUGAGGGGGCGAUUCUGGAGGGGGUGGAAGAUGAUAAGGAGUACCAGAUCUCUCUGUCUGCCCUCUAUGCUGAUGGAGCCCAGAGUGAAGCCGUGGCUAUACGAUACAGCACCUUAUAUGGAGGAGGCCCGUCCAGUGUGUCUGUCUCUGAUGAGACGGCGGUCAGCCUGAUGGUCAGCUGGAUCCCGCCCAAUGCCCACAUCCUGCAGUUUCGCAUCUUCUACACGGCACUGACGGGAGCCGAGACUCAGGAGAACGCUUUGAUAGUCCCAGGGGGGGAAAGCCGGGUGGUGAUUCAGUCCCUGCUGCCCGACACGCGCUACAGCAUUCUGGUCACCGCCGAGUACCGUAACAGAGAGGGGGGCAGCGCUUCCACUCAAGGCAAAACCACCAGUCUACGCGUGAGCAGUGUGAGCGUGGUCAGGUCGGACCACUCCAGUAUCUGUGUGUCCUGGAGACCCGUGUCAGCCGUCAACGGAUACCACAUUGUCAUCCAGUCUGUCAAAGACAAGCAAAUGAAGGAGGACUUUGUCGACGAGUCGAGCAGCAGUCACUGUUUCACCGAUCUCGAACCCGAGACCGUGUACCGCAUCAGUGUGCACGCCCGACUGGGCUCAGCGGAGGGCACCGCGGUUUCUAUUCUGCAUCCAACGGCCGUGGCUCCAGCCAGAAUCCCAGUUCACCCGAGGCUGUAUCCCGUCCACAACGAAGUUUGUCCCGAGGUCACCAUCAGAAACAGCAUUGUCAGAGGGUUUGACAUGAUGGAGGCGUUUGGCCUGACUCAGACAGCUCAUGCCUCGGUGGAGGGGGUCGCCGCAGAGCCCUUCAUAUUCAGCACCUCACCCACCUAUGCUCUGUACAGAGACGUCCAGCUGACACAGAGCACCAGGUUUAUUCACCCAGCCGGCUUUUCUCCCGAGCACACCAUCAGCGUUGCCUUCCGGCUGCUGCAGGACACGCCCAGAGAGCCCUUCGCCCUCUGGCAGCUCACCGACAUUGACUUCCAGCCCAAGAUGGGCCUGGUGUUGAACCCUACAACCAAGCAUCUGGUGUACUUCAGUCUGGACUACAGAGGGGAAGUGCAGGAACUGACCUUUGACCAGCCGCAAGUCCACCGGCUCUUCUAUGGAAGCUUCCACAAGAUAAGGAAGCAGGUCAGGGUGAUCCACAAGAACCAAGGGAUGGUCAGGGGGAUGCAGAAACCCUCAGGGAAGGUUAGGGGGAUGCAGAACCCCUAA